AUGCAGUUCAACAAAGCCAUCAUCGCCUUCCAGGCCCUCCUGCUCACCGUCCUCAUCGCUGGCACCCAAGCACAGUUCCUCAGCGAUGUCACCAGCGCACUCGGCGGUGUCGGCCAGACUAUCGCUUCCGGCGCCACCUCGGUCUUUGGUGAUGCCACCUCGGGCGCUGCGGGCGCCUUGACCACCUUGACGUCCGGUGCGGGCGGCGCCCUCAGCACUGCCACCUCGGGCGCAGCUAGUGUCGCCACCAGCGUCGCCUCGGGCGCAUCGAGCGUCGCUUCCCAGGGCACUUCGGGCGCCGGCAGCGUGGCCUCGCAGGCCUCGUCGGGCGUCACCUCGGCCACCCCGCGCGCAAGCAACGCCGCCGCCGCCUCCACCAUCAACGGCAUGCCCGUCAACGCGCUUGCUGCCACCUUUACCGUCCUCCUCGGCUCGGCCAUCGCCGGUACCCUCAUCCUCUAA